AUAAUAUCUAUUAAGAUAUUAUAUUAAGAUAAGGUUAUAUACAUAUCAUAAAUAUAUCAUCUACAAUAUACCAACCGACCUAAUCAUUGCAUAUAUAUAUAUAUCUAUAUACCAGUAUAUAUACCAUAGAAAAAUAAUCAUCAUCCAGCUUUCAAAUUCCCACACCACAUCACAUCACAUCACAUCCAUCACAUCAAGUUCUCAUCCCACGAAUUGAAUUGAGUAAUUCCAAUUGGCCAACUCUUAUCGAAGAAAAAUAGAUUCUCUUAUCGUAUCAGUUCAAAAACCCUGGCUCCUUGGUUCCUUGCUCCACCACCUUUCUAAGUUUGAACGUGCUGAAGUCUCCAUUUCACUCAAUUCGGCCCUCUCAACACUUUUGGAAGAAAACUAAAUGUGCUAAGAUCGGCCCCGUUCAAAACUUAUUACUCAUAUAUUCUGCUCUCCAUCUUUCUAUCUAUCUCGUCGUAAAACCCUACGCAAUACAAUCGCAACGAGUUCCUACAUACCUCCUAUUCUGGAUACCUACGAUAUUGAAAUACGAUACUUGACGAUUACGAAGACUAGGAGAUUUUCUAUAAAGGCACCGGAGAGUCUUUGUGGAUUUUAAGAAGAAGGAAGAAUUUCAAUUGAUAGAAAGAAGUUUGAGAAAUUGUUACAAGAAUUAUAAUGGGCUCUGAAACUCCCUUCGAUUAUGCCUUGAGCUCCAACGCCGCAUGGGCAGGCUAUAAAAGCCAUCAAAACCCCAAAUUCUUCCCUACCAUGGCCCAAGGCCAAACUCCCAGCAUCCUCUGGCUCGGUUGCUCCGACUCCCGUGUGCCCGAAACCACCGUUCUCGGUCUCCAACCCGGUGAUGUCUUCGUCCAUCGUAAUAUCGCCAAUAUUGUCUCGCCUACCGAUAUCAAUUCCUCGGCCGUCAUCGAAUAUGCCGUUGCGCAUCUGAAGGUAUCGCAUAUUGUUGUGUGCGGGCACACUUGCUGCGGUGGUGCUGCUGCUGCGUUGGGAGGUGCAAGGGUAGGUGGGGUUUUGGAUACUUGGCUUGCGCCGCUCAAGGCAUUGAGUAAAUUGCACGAGAAGGAAUUAAAGGGGAUCAAGGAAGAUUCCGCAAGGGCGGUCCGUCUAGCGGAGUUGAAUGUUGCGAAAGGAGUGGAGGUGCUUAUGGGAAAUGUGGUUGUGGAAGAGGCGGUCCGCGAGAGGGGAUUGAAGGUUCAUGGUGUUGUGUAUGAUAUUGGCUGUGGAAAGAUUCGGGAUCUGGGAGUAGGAAAUUGCAAUGAUGAGGAGGAGGAAGAAGAAGUUGCCGGGACAGAUGGAGCCGCGGAGUCGAAAGGAGCAAAGGAGUUGGUCCAAGGUGCGCAUGGAAUGCUGGUUUUUGGAAAGGGGGGAGCAACGCUCAGUACCGCGUAAUGGGGAUGAAAUGUACGGAUAUAUGAAUUUUGGAUACGCACACAUACAUGUUAUACUGUGUAGAAUGAGAGGGAAGGGAAAGGAAGACGGGAAUGGGAGUUUGAGGCAAGGCGGGGUUUUGUUUAAAUCGAGCAAAGAUGAAAGGAGAGCUGUUUGGGAAUUAGAUCGAUUAGAAAGUCGAAAACAAUGAAUGUCAUUUAAUAAAUUAUCUAUAAAAAAUCAUAUUAAUAUGACAUGGUCA